CUGUUAUCCUCAGACGUCAGAACAGAUACCGCGACAUCUCUCUCUCUCUCUCUCAUCAAGGAUGAGGCGCAACUUAUCAAAAUUCAUUCAUUGGCCUAUUCGGUUCAACUCAUCAUCAAAUUUCUGGCUGAUGAAUUGUGAGGGAUCCUGCUGUGCUUCCAGAAAUACUAAGAAUCAAGCUUUAUUCAGUGGCAACUUGAAUGAAUAUGCCACAAGAACUUGUGCAACAUCUUGUGCUUCUUUGUCUGAAGAUCAGCCAAAAGAUAAUUCUAUCUCUGAUAUGUUAGUAGAUUCAUUUGGAAGGCUGCACACUUACUUGAGAAUAUCCUUAACAGAGAGGUGCAAUUUAAGGUGUCAGUAUUGUAUGCCUGCAGAUGGUGUGGAACUCAGUCCUAGCCCUCAGCUUUUAACAAAGGCCGAGAUUCUAAGAUUGGCAAAUCUGUUUGUGAGUUCUGGGGUGAAUAAAAUACGUUUAACUGGUGGGGAGCCAACUGUGAGGAAGGAUAUUGAAGAGAUAUGUUUGGAGUUGUCAAAAUCGAAGGGACUGAGGACAUUGUCCAUGACUACCAAUGGUAUUGCCCUGGCAAGAAAACUUCCAAAGCUGAAAGAAUGUGGGCUUACUUCUGUGAACAUUAGUUUAGACACUCUGGUGCCAGCAAAGUUUGAGCUUAUGACGAGACGCAAAGGGCAUGAAAAGGUUAUGGAUUCAAUUAAUGCUGCCAUAGACCUUGGAUAUAAUCCAGUCAAGGUCAAUUGUGUUGUCAUGCGUGGAUUCAAUGAGGAUGAAAUCUGUGACUUUGUUGAGUUGACACGGGAAAAGCCAAUUAAUAUUCGGUUUAUAGAGUUCAUGCCUUUUGAUGGAAAUGUUUGGAACGUCAAGAAACUUGUACCCUACUCAGAGAUGUUGGAUACAGUGGUGAAACAGUUUUCAAGCUUAAAAAGAGUUAAGGAUCACCCAACAGAUACAGCCAAGAAUUUUACAAUAGAUGGGCAUGAAGGUAGAGUUUCAUUUAUCACAUCAAUGACUGAGCAUUUUUGUGCUGGUUGCAAUAGAUUGCGACUACUAGCAGAUGGAAACUUAAAAGUCUGUUUAUUUGGUCCUUCCGAGGUUAGCUUAAGGGAUCCCUUGCGACAUGGUGCAGAGGAUCAUGAGCUUAGGGAGAUAAUAGGGGCAGCGGUGAAGAGAAAGAAAGCAUCACAUGCUGGUAUGUUUGACAUAGCAAAGACAGCAAAUAGGCCUAUGAUACAUAUUGGUGGAUAAGAUAUCAUAUAAUGUUAAAAAUUUGCUUCUAUACCACGCAACGAGCAUCCCCAGCCAAAAGCAGUUUGAAUUGAGUAUUGGCUGAGAUCUUCAUUAAUGGUCAAUCUCACUCCAUAUGGAGUGAUACAAUUUUGUUAAAUGUAUCUUAGCAUAUAUUUUGUUAAAUGUUGGUGUCAACUUUUAGCAAAUAUCAAAGGGUCAAGGAUCAAAGUCGAUUGAUGGGCAUGCUAGUGAAUAAUGCAAAUUUGGCUUAGAUUUUCAGAUCAUGUGUUAAUCUUUCGUCAUUGGUAGUUUAUUUACAAGGCCAGCUUAAAAUUUUAGGGUGGCUAUUGUAUUUAUUUCUUUUAUGGCAAACUUACCAAAAUGGAAUUUUGAGUUUGGUAUGCCUUUUACGAGGAACUGAGGAAGGA